AUGUCGUCUCCUCGUGUCUUCAUUGUUCGUCAUGGCGAAACCGAGUGGUCGCUCGACGGCCGUCAUACAGGGUCGACCGACAUUCCCCUGACGGCGAAUGGUGAGAAACGGGUUCUGGCGACCGGCAAGGCGCUCGUCGGCAAUGAUCGUUUGAUUGCGCCUAGCAAGCUGGCGCACAUCUACGUCUCUCCGCGACGCCGGGCACAACGGACCCUGGAGCUCCUCAACCUGGUGCAAAGACAUCAGCUACCAUGGGAAGCUCACGGCGAACCAUACUGCGAGCACCUGCAGUGCGGAGCCCAAGUUGAAGUCACGGAGGACAUCCGGGAAUGGGACUAUGGCGACUAUGAGGGCAUUACCUCGCCUGAAAUCAGAGAACUCCGGAAGCAGCAGGGCCUAGAUCCCAACUGGGAUAUCUGGAGAGAUGGCUGUCCGGGGGGAGAGAGCCCGUCUGAUAUCAACGAGCGACUUGACCGACUCAUCAAAGAGAUUCGAGAGAAGUGGCAUGCUCCAGUCAUGGAUAAACCAACGGGACAGGGAGGCAAUGGCGACGUGCUAAUUGUAGCCCAUGGCCAUAUCCUCCGGGCCUUUGCGCAGCGCUGGGCUGGCCAGUCCCUCCACGGCGGGCCAUCUUUCUUACUUGAAGCAGGUGGCGUAGGUACUUUGAGCUACGAACAUCACAACAUCAAUGAACCCGCAAUCCUCCUCGGCGGUGCCUUCGUUGUGGACCUUCCUGGUAUGUUAACUCCCAGAAUCAGGAGAGGCAUCCUUUCGCUCAUCCUUCGUUUCUUCCUUCAUACUCGCUAA